AAAAUGAUUUUUCUCAAUCAGCUUUCACUAUGAGCGAAUGGACCCAACAUAAAAACAAUAAUUUCUUUUUUAUUUCUCAUGAGAUUUCUGCUGCUGUUUUUGUCUGCUUUUUUCACUGGUUUGAAGUAGGCGUGGCCCAGAAUUUUGCAACAUUUCAAGAAGUUUUUGAGUCUUGCACUCAGUUGCCAGUUUAUUAGGUACAACAAGCUAAAAAUAAUGCAGUCCUAAUAAAACAGUUCUGCAAUAAAUCCCACCCUCAUGAAGGUUGUAAUGUUUAGGUUUUGUGUGAAAAUGUGUUAGCGAGGUGUUGAUUCUAUGAUCUAUGUGCUCUAUGAUCAUUUUGGAGGUUGCAGUUUGUGGUGCUUGGCAUUUAACUAUAUUGUGUUAUAUGGGUGUUUCUAUUAUUUUGUCCUCCCCAUUAUAUAUAAUGCAAUACAGUUCAAAACCACCACAAACUACAUCCUCCAAACAUGAUCAUGAGGUUCAAAUCAACAUCUCAAAAUCUCAUCACCUAUUACAAGGACUGUUACAUCAGACAUCAUUAGUUUUAGCUACAUGUACCUAAUAAACUGACAACUGUGUAGGUGAUUUUCCCGCCGAACUAACUCUAAUUGUUGUCUAUGUCAUUAAAUAAAUAAAUUUUAUAGAGAAAUAUUUGAAUCAGAUUUGAAACAAUGUUUUUAAAAGUUGUCCUCUGCCUUGCCACUAGAUGGAGAUGAGUGGAUUUCCUAAUAGGACUAGAUGGAAGAAAUUGUGUGCCCAACAGAAAAAGACAACAGUUUUGCUUAGCAGCCAUAGAGCCUGUCACUGUAAAUUUCAAAGUGGUAGGGAAUUAUGAAGAAUAGUUCAAUUCCCCGUGACAUUUUUAAACAGAAAUUUCCGUGUUUCUGUGAUGUCAUUUUGAAUAUUUCCAAGUUUGUCUUUAUUAUUGGGUUUAACAAACAUAGGUCUCAGCGUUAUCAAGUACAUUUUUCAGAGCUUGUGUUUCUGUUCAGUGGACGGCUCAGUGCAAUUUUCUCCUUGAAAUUAUGGGAUGAGGGUGCUCUUCUUUUUGAGCCCAUAAAAAAGCGAGCAUGACCACCUUAUUACCUCAGCAAUAAAAGAGUACACCCUCCAGUGCCGUAUAAGCAAUGUCAGCGUGCAGAGUCCAACAGCUCGACUGGCUCGUUUUGUGGGAGAUGAUUAUCAAAGUUUUCCUGUCCAAGUUCAGACCAGCAGCUGGUGAUCAGGGACCAUGCCCUCGGGGAAGACACUCAAGCUCAUCCUGUAUGAGGUGCUGCAGUUUGCAGCUCUUGUCGUACCCAUCUUUGUGAUUAUGGAGAGGUUUGCUGGCCUUACACGUGAUGUGAAAGGACAAGAUCUAAUGGCCUACUGGCUAGUGGUGGCUGUCUCUAUCGCUUAUGUGACCUCUGUGACCCUACUUGUGUGGGUUCCUCUGAAAUAUCUGAUCCUGAAACGACGCAGGUUCAUCUCAGAGACCACACAGUGGAGACCAACAGCGCUGGCGUUUAUCAUCCUGUGCACGUUACCGUGCUUUGCUAUUUUAAUAACCAGCUCCAAGGUGCAGGUGGACCGAGGACACAGUCUCGACCAUUUCGCAGAAUUGCCCGUUUCCUUGGUGCUUGUCUCUCUCAUCUGUGUGGAUAUGAUAGAGAGGAUUCGCCCCUGCAGGCUCACUGGACAACCAAACAGCCUGGAUGAUUACCUCGAUAUGCCAGGCCCCAUCCUCACCCACCUAGAACAGGUGACCACCGUAACAGGCCGGCCGCACACUGAUGAAGGGCAAAACGAUAUGACCCAAGGCCGUCCAGAGGCCAGGAAUGGCAGCACCUCAGGCAGAUGGCGGGACCUCGCUGGCUCGCCCACCUGCUCUACGUUCAGCUCACACGCACCCAGCCCUGCCUACCCGUACUCCUCAUACUCACGCCCCCGAUCCUACUCUGGUAAUCUGGGCUUCCUGUGGAGGAGAGACAGAAGGUCAGAGGUGUUUGUGGAUAGUUUCCUGUUCUGGCUAGACACUGUGGAAAUGGUGAGAGUGGCAGGCGAGCCAUCAGUCUUCGACUCAGCCUGGGUGUUCCCCGUCUACAUCCUCGCCUUCAUGUCUUCUCUCCGUGUGGUCAUCACUCCUAACAACCCUUUAUUGUCUUUUGCUGGAGUUGCUCUGCAGGACCUUCCUUUUUUUAUCCUUAGAGUCGCUCUGAUUGUUGAGUUUGGUUAUGUAACUCCUGUGUUGUACCCACUGAAGAAUGUGCUGGUGAGCCUGACUUUUGUCUACUUUACAUUCCUGACCAAGCUGAGGAUUUUCAAAAGGCAGAGCAUGUUUUGAGGAGGAGUGGCACAUUCUGUUGUUAAUGAGCGAUCUGCUUUGAUUGUGGAUGGUUGAACAGUUGGUAUUUAUGUGUGGGGAACAGCACCAGCGAAACAUGGUGCUGGCACUGAUGAUGAAGAACGACAUGAUUAGAAUCGUAAUGGCUGAAAAUGUAUAGUAAAGGCCAUUCAUCCAAAUCAAAGUGUAAAAAUUAUUCUGGAUUCUGUUGGAGUGCACAGUAAGCCACCUGUUCUCAUUUCUCUGUGACAUAUUUGAAUCCAAAUGUAUUUAUUGAUACUUAAUGUUUACCUGCGACAUUUCUUUCUCAUUUUUUAUCUGUACAAUAUUUGUUAAACUGCAAAGAGUAAUGAAAAAACAUUUGUUGUAAACAAAAGAUUAUAAACCAAACAACCUUUACUAAAUUAAAUCAA